AUGGGAAUCUUUGCCCACCCCUCGCCCGUACCGUCCAAGAGCGACGAUCUAUUGCAGUGGUUGUCAUUGGACCCUCCGUUGCCCGUUCAAUUGGCGCUCGUGCCCAGCAUCUGUCGCUUCAUCGCGUUCUUGCUCUUCUUGCCCGUCAUUGCUUUGGCUUUGGUCAGUCCAUCAGAUUUCUUGCGUAUGUGAUGUUCGUAUUACAGUCGACUGAAGCUGUGCUUUUCAUAACCCUCUCAACACACUUCGGCACUUAUUUCGCUUCCUCGAUGACGACCGGGAAUGGCUCGCCCGAACCGAUCGGUGACCCGCGUUCUGACACGACACGCAUCUCUGACCUCGAACCGUGCGCUCGUGCGCCACCGCUUCCAUCAGACCGACGUCUUUGGGUGGGCCAUCUUCAAAUUGGUUUUGAGACCUUUGGGAUACGCAAGUACGACGAGGUUCAAGGAUCCAGAGUAAGCCCUCUUCUGCUUCCUGUCAUUUGGAUACCAUAGCCUCAGCUCGCUAUGAGAAGGCUCCCACCCCCCCCUCCCCACAUGCCGAGCAGCCCUGCUAAUCACUCCUCGCUUCUCCCACUUCAGGCCCGAAGAUGUGACCAAGAUGACGACAACUCGACGAUCUCGCUCUACUUCGAAACCACGUUCCUCCAGUCGACCCCGCAUCAGUCCAACCGAUUCGGACUACAUCGACGCCACCAUCGACGGUGAUUCCGAGCGUAGCGGUCACUCCAAACCUUCCAACGAAUCCACGGCCGAAGGGGACACUUCCUCCUCGUCGGACGCGCAGGACGAAUCUCGAUCACCUUCUCGUUCCCCUCAAUUACCUCAUCAUCUCACUUUGGGAGACCGAGCAGAUUCUUACUCUUCUUCGGGGACGAGUCGCUUGAAUCGUUUCCGAGCCCCUUCGGUCGGGUUCGAUGGACCUCUUUUCGCUGUAGGGGAGGAACUCGCCAGUCCGGGAAGGAGCGAUGAUGAACCUUUACCUGAAAUGGAGGAUGGACCGGUGACGCAGAUCGGGAUGAGUGAUGGCUCGGAUAAUGAAGGGUCGGGUACCGGUGGCGCGAGACGAAGGGUCGGGCCGAGGAGGGGGACUUCCAGUCUGAGUUUCACGUCGCUUGGUACGGAGGAUAAGUAG